AUGGCCUUCAUUGAACUCCAAUCCGAAGACCACCGCGACCUCCUAGACACAUUUGACAGGCUUCGAUCGGGAGGCGUCUGCAAACAUGUCCAUCUUCCGGAAAUCAUCGUCUGCGGAGGCCGGUCCGCGGGCAAGAGCUCCGUGCUGGAAGCCAUCUCGGGCAUUUCCUUUCUCACAGAAGACAACGCUUGCACUCGAUUCACGACGGAGCUAGUUCUUCGUCGGCAGGACACUCCGGCCGCCAAGAUCUCCAUCAAUCCCGGCCUAGAACGAGGCGCCAACGAAAAACGCCGAUCGGGCAUCUUUACUGUCCCCGUGAGCUUCGACAAGCCGGAUAUCGAGACCAUCAUUGGGGAGGCGAAAGAAGCCAUGGGCCUGUCCGACGCCAAGAUGUUCAGCUCUGACAUCCUGCGCGUCGAGCUUUGCGGACCUACGCAGCCGCACCUCACCGUGGUAGAUCUGCCAGGCAUAUUUCGCGCCGACGGCCAAGACGAGAUGGCCCAAGAUGCCGAAACUGUUCGCGCACUAGUCCGGCACUAUAUCAAGAGAUCUCACAGUAUCAUACUGGCAGUUGUGUCUGCCGAGAACUACUCCUACCUUGGCGACAUCACCGAGAUAGUUCGUGAACUAGACCCGAACGGCAGCCGCACGUUGGGUCUCAUCACUAAGCCGGACGUUCUAGAGCCCGGCUCCGACAGAGAAUCCGUGUAUGCCCACCUCGCCAAGAAUACGGAGCUAUCUUCCCAGCUUGGCUGGCAUGUUUUGAAGAAUCGGGAUCAUAAAGUGAGGGAUAGUCCGUCCCUUGGGCGCAACGAAGACGAAGAGAGCUUCUUCUCCAAGGGCAUCUGGUCAUCAGUCGACCAGAGCUACCUCGGCAUAAAGUCCCUCAUGCCAAGGCUGAGCAACAUCCUCCGGAACCAAAUUCUGCAACAAGUGCCGAGCAUCAUCGAGGUCGUCGACAGGGACAUUGACAGGCGCAAGGCCCAGUUGGAGAGACUGGGCAAGCCGCGCUGUACCAUCUCAGAGCAGCGCAAAUACCUGAUGCAAGUAAGCCGCGAGUUCACAACCCUCAUGAAAGCCGCCGUCGAUGGCGAGUACAACGACGCAUUCUUCGGCAGUGCCAAAUCCGACGAGGGCUACCGGCGGCGCCUGCGCGCCCGCAUCCAAAACACCCUGACCAGCUUCGAGAAGGAGAUGCGGGAAAAGGGGCAGAGCCGCGUGAUUGUCGACGACUCGGGCACCCGGGACCGCAAGCUCCCCAAUGACCACCAGUGGCGAUCUACCUUUGUCAACGAGGUCAUGGCCAUUGUGAGACGCAGCCGCACGCGCGGCCUGCCGGGCACCUUCAACUCCCAAAUCAUCCGAGAGCUGUUUGUGGACCAGUGCCAGCCCUGGCAGACCAUUGCCAUGAAUGUCAAGCACGAGAUUCUCGGCAUCGUCGACGACAUCGCACAGGCGAUCGUGGACCAUGUUGCCGCCGACGAAACCACGCGCGGCGUGUACCAUCUCGUCAGCAACGAAACCGACAGCCUCAAGGCCGAUCUCGGCGCCAAGUUUCACGAAAUCCUCAAGCAGUACGUGUGCAGCCACCCCAUCACAUACAACAGCUACCUGCUCGACAUGGUGCAAAAGGAACAAGAAAGACGGACCCACGAACAAAUCGAGGAAACGGUAAAGAAGCUCGUAGGCAACGAAAACUUUAAAGAAGAGCACCGCGUCAAGAUUCACCCGCUCAAUUUAUGCGAUUCGCUCAAGCGCAGCAUCAACGUCGACAUGGAGCGGUCCGGGGCCGAAAUGGCGACCGACUACAUGCUCGCCUAUUACAAGCUCGCCCUAGAGAAGUUUGUCGACGACAUCAGCGUCCUAGCCGUCGAGCAGUGUCUCCUGGAGAAGCUGCCGACGCUGUUCCUGCCCGAGGCCGUGAUGGACCUGCCGGACCACGACGUGCGCUACUUCAUCAGGGAGAGGGACACUGCGCACGCCGAGCGGGCCCGGUGCGCGGACAAGCUCGCGGUUCUGGAGACGGAGCGGCGCGUGCUCGCUCGCCUCGACACGCGUCGCUCGCCGGGCGUCGCGCAGGCAUGUGCGGGGGAGAACCUCCCCGUGCCCGGGAUCCCGCGGAGCUACACGACCGACACGGUGACGGUGGACGAGGCGCGGCCGUAUUUCCCCCGCUCGCCGUCCCCGGGGAAUCCUGGCCACUCGGGCGAGUUGCUCGUCGAGCCGGAGGGCGCUGAGCCCGCUGGUGCUGAGCCCUGCGCGCCGGAGCCGGAGCCAGUGCCGGAGCUGGAGCCCGAGACGGAGGCGGCGGAGGCGGUGGAGGAGCCCGAGGAGCCUGCUGCGGACGAACCUAUGUCGACGGAGACUCCCACGGACGAGACGCAGCCGGCGGCCGAAGAAGCAGAGGAGGACCUGUGGGGGUUCAGGGCGAAGAAGGAGAAAUGGCGCCGGUCGUGGGGAGAUGCUCAGGAAGAGGUUCCCGCCGUGCCGCUGGAGACGGAGGAUGCCAAGUCUGACUUGGCCGGCGGCAAAAAGUCAAAGAGGACCAAGAGAAAGAAGAGUCGGGAAGACGCACCUGCUCUGUCGGAGGUGACUCUUGAAAUUGAGCCCGUCAUUGUGCCCGAGGAGCAGCUUGCGUAUCCGUGGGGCUGGGCACGGUGA